AUGACGGAUGAAACCUGGAGGAUCGUCUAUGAGCGGAGAAAGGCGAAAGCCGACAUUGGGCAGGUGCGCACUAGAUCGGCUAAAGCAGCUGCCCGCCAGCGUUAUGCUGACCUAGAGAAGGCAAUCAAACGAUCUUGUGGACGGGACAAGAGAGACUGGACCAACUCCUUAGCCGAAGAGGGAGAAAUAGCUGCCGCCAAUGGAGAUAUCCGCAUAUUGUACGAUAUUUCUCGUUGCCUUAGUGGUGUCAGGACAAAUGCCAGAAUGCCGCUGAAAGAUCGAGAAGGUCAAUUAAUGACAGAGCGUACAGAUCAGCUCAAGCGUUGGACUGAGCACUUCGGCGAACUCUUCCGAGCUCCAAGCGAGGAUGAUCAACAAAACCCGCAGCGUACGGUACCUACAGUGCGGCGCAUUAACCGCGUCAACUCCGCGGUGCCGUCAUUAGCUGAAAUAGAAGCGGCAAUGAAAAGCAUGACAUCCAAUAAAGCGCCAGGAAUAGACUGCAUUCCUGCUGAAAUGCUCAAAGCUGACCCAAGUGUCAGCGUAGAUGUUGCAUCAACUUUUCACAGAUAUUUGGAAACCGCGACUUUUUCGGCCGACUGGAUGCAGGGCAUUUUAGUAAAAGUCCCAAAGAAAGGAGAUCUUUCCGAAUGUGGUAACUGGCGUGGCAUCGCGAUGCUAUGUGUGACUCUGAAAAUACUUUGCAAAGUUAUCCUUAAUAGGAUACAAGAGAAAAUCGACGCUACUCUCCGAUGA